GACCCGGGAACCCACGUGAGUUCUGCGGGAGUUUUUCCUGUCCCUGGCAGCGGGUCCUUCAAGCUUAGUCGGCAUGGGUCGCUCCGGGAAGUUGCCCUCUGGUGUCUCCGCCAAGUUGAAACGCUGGAAGAAAGGCCACAGCAGCGAUAGCAAUCCCGCCAUCUGCCGCCACCGCCAGGCCGCCCGCAGCCGCUUCUUCAGCCGGCCUUCAGGAAAGAGCGACCUGACAGUUGAUGCGCUGAAGUUGCAUAAUGAGCUGCAAUCUGGGUCCUUUCGCCUGGGCAAAAGUGAAGCCCGGGAGGCGGCCAUGGAAGAAGAGGAGCCGCCGGCUCUCACGGAGAAGUCCUCAGCCACCUUCCUAAGCGGCCUCUCCGACUGCACUAAUGUCACCUUCAGCAAAGUGCAGCGCUUCUGGGAGUCUAACUCGGCUGCCCACAAGGAGAUCUGUGCUGUUCUGGCUGCUGUCACAGAGGUGAUUCGCUCCCAGGGAGGGAAGGAGACUGAGACCGAGUACUUUGCAGCACUGAUGACGACCAUGGAAGCGGUGGAGUCCUCGGAGUCUCUGGCCGCUGUGGCUUACCUGCUGAACCUCGUCCUGAAGCGAGUGCCCAGCCCCGUGCUCAUUAAGAAGUUCUCAGAUACCUCCAAAGCCUUCAUGGACAUCCUGUCAGCCCAAGCCAGCAGUGGCUCCACCUCUGCCCUCCGAUGGGUUCUCUCCUGCCUGGCCACCCUUCUGCGGAAGCAGGACCUGGAGGCCUGGGGCUACCCUGUGACCCUGCAGGUGUACCAUGGGCUGCUGAGCUUCACCGUGCAUGCCAAGCCCAAGAUCCGGAAGGCCGCCCAGCAUGGAGUGUGCUCAGUCAUCAAGGGCAGUGAAUUCAUGUUUGGUGAGAAGGCUCCUGCCCAUCACCCUGCUGCCAUUUCCACGGCCAAGUUCUGCAUUCAGGAGAUUGAGAAGUCUGGAGGCUCCAAGGAGGCCACCACCACAUUGCACAUGCUGACACUGCUGAAGGACCUGCUGCCCUGCUUCCCGGAAGGGCUGGUGAAGAGCUGCAGUGAGACUCUCCUCAGGGUCAUGACCUUGAGCCAUGUGCUGGUGACAGCCUGUGCCAUGCAGGCCUUUCACAGCCUCUUCCAUGCCAAGCCUGGCCCUGCUACCCUGCCUGCAGAGCUCAACGCCCAGAUCAUCACGGCCUUGUAUGAUUAUGUUCCCAGUGAGAAUGACUUACAGCCCCUGCUGGCCUGGCUCAAGGUCAUGGAGAAAGCACACAUCAACCUGGUCAGGCUACAGCGGGACCUGGGCCUGGGCCACCUCCCUCGCUUUUUUGGAACUGCGACGACCUGCCUCCUCUCUCCCCACUCUCAGGUGGUGGCAGCGGCCACCCAGAGCCUCCAGGAGAUCCUGAAGGAAUGCGUUGCUCCCCACAUGGCUGAUAUCGGCUCUGUGACCUCCUCAGCCUCAGGCCCUGCCCAGUGUGUCGCCAAGAUGUUCAGGGCAGUGGAGGAGGGCCUGACGUACAAAUUCCAUGCAGCCUGGAGCUCCGUGUUACAGCUUCUGUGUGUCUUCUUCGAGGCGUCUGGGAGGCAGGCCCAUCCUGUGAUGAAGAAGUGUCUCCAGUCCCUGUGUGACCUGCGCCUCUCCCCUCAUUUCCCCCACACGGCAGCUCUGGAUAAGGCAGUGGGGGCUGCGGUGGUCAGCAUGGGGCCUGAGGUGGUUUUACAGGCUGUGCCUCUGGAAAUUGAUGGCUCUGAAGAGACGCUGGAUUUCCCACGGAGCUGGCUGCUGCCCGUCAUCCGGGACCACGUUCGGGAAACUCGACUUGGUUUCUUCACCACCUACUUCCUGCCAUUGGCUACCACCCUGAAGAGCAAAGCAAUGGACCUGGCCCAGGAGGGCAGCGUGGUGGAGUCCAAGAUCUAUGACACGCUGCAGUGGCAGAUCUGGACCCUCCUGCCUGGGUUCUGCACGAGGCCCAUAGAUGUGGCCGUCUCCUUUAAAGGGCUGGCGCGGACUCUGGGCACAGCCCUCAGCGAGCGCCCAGACCUGAGGGCCACGGUGUGCCAGGCCCUGCGCACUCUCAUCACCAAGGGCUGUGAGGCAGAGGCUGACCGUGCCGAAGUGAGCCGUUUUGCCAAGAACUUCCUGCCCAUUCUCUUCAAUCUGUAUGGGCAGCCUGUGGCAGCUGGGGACACCCCAGCCCCUCGCCGGGCUGUGCUAGAAACCAUCAAAACUUACCUCACCAUUACCCAGCCUCAGCUGGUGAAUGGUUUCCUGGAAAAGGCCAGCGAGAAGGUGCUCGACCCUGCCAGCUCUGACUUCACCAGAUUGUCUGUCUUGGACCUGGUCGUGGCCUUGGCCCCUCACGCUGACGAAUUUGCCAUCAGCAAGCUGUACUCCACCAUCCGACCCUACCUAGAGAGCAAGGCCCAUGGGGUACAGAAGAAGGCCUACCGCGUGCUGGAGGAAGUGUGUGCCUGCCCCCAGGGCCCCGGGGCCCGCUUCGUGCAGAGCCACCUGGAUGACCUGAAGAAGACCCUGCUGGACUCGCUGCGAACCACUUCAUCUCCUGCCAAGAGGCCCCGUUUGAAGUGUCUUAUACAUAUCGUGAAGAAACUCACUGUUGAGCAUGAGGAGUUCAUCACUGCCCUUGUGCCGGAGGUGAUCCUGUGUACAAAGGAGGUGUCAGUGGGCGCUCGGAAAAACGCCUUCGCCCUGUUGGUGGAGAUGGGCCACGCUUUCCUUCGGUUUGGCCCGAGCCAGGAAGAGGCCCUGCAGCGCUAUCUCAUCCUGAUCUACCCCGGGCUCGUGGGCGCUGUCACCAUGGUCAGCUGCAGUAUCCUGGCCCUGACCCACCUCCUUUUCGAGUUUAAAGGUCUGAUGGGGACCAGCACGGUGGAGCAGCUGCUGGAGAACGUGUGCCUGCUCCUGGCCUCCCGCACCCGUGACGUGGUCAAAUCAGCACUGGGCUUCAUCAAGGUGGCCGUGGUUGUCAUGGAUGUGGCACAUCUGGCCAAGCAUGUGCAGCUAGUGAUGGAUGCCAUCGGGAAGCUGUCGGAUGACAUGCGGCGGCACUUCCGCAUGAAGCUUCGGAACCUGUUCACCAAGUUCAUCCGCAAGUUUGGGUUCGAGCUGGUGAAGGGGCUGCUGCCUGAGGAGUACCACAAAGUCCUGGCCAAUGUCCGAAAAGCUGAGGCCCGGGCCAAGAGGCACCGUGCUCUGAGCCAGACUGCUGAGGAAGAGGAGGAGGAGGAGGAGAAGGAAGAGCCCACCCAGGGCAAAGGUGACAGCAUCGAGGAGAUUUUGGCCGACUCCGAGGACGAGGAAAAUGAGGAGGAGGAAAGGAGCCGGGGCAAGGAGCAGCGGAGGCUGACUGGGCAGAGGAGCCGUGCCUGGCUGAAGGAGGGUGGUGGGGAUGAGCCCCUCAAUUUCCUGGACCCCAAGGUGGCCCAGCGAGUCCUAGCCACACAGCCUGGGGCCGGGCGGGGCAAGAAGAAGGACCAUGGCUUCAAAGUGAGCGCAGAUGGCCGCCUGAUCAUCCGGGAGGAGGAAGAAGAUGCUGCCACCGCCAAGAUGGAGGAAGAGGAAGGCACUAAAGGGGAGGAUGAAGAGAUGGCUGACCUGGUGGAAGACCUGGGCAUCAGGAAUAAAAAACACCAGAAGCUCAAGUAUCAGAAAGAGGCUGAUGAUGAGGACCUGGAGAUGCCCCCUCAGUACCAAGCUGGAGGCUCUGGCAUCCAUCGCCCUGUGGGCAAGAAGGCUACACCUGGGGCUGAAUACAAGGCCAAGAAAGCAAAGGGCGACAUGAAGAAGAAAGGUCAGCUCGACCCCUAUGCCUACAUUCCCCUCAGCAGAACCAAGCUCAACCACAGGAAGAAGGUGAAGCUGCAGGGACAGUUCAAAGGCCUAGUGAAGGCCGCCCGGCGGGGAUCCCAGGUGGGGCACAAGCUCCGCAGAAAGGACCGUCGGCCCUGAGCCCCAGGGCCCCGGGGCUGCUCCAUGGCAGAGCCUGGACUCGGAAUGACUUGUUGGGACCAGGGCUUGGUUCCUAGCGGCACCCAGGAUGUUGGAAGUUCAAAACGGGAAUUGCCUUCUAGAGAUGUCCUUGGGACCUGGAGAUGGGAAUGCGGCCUCGGUGCCUCUGAGAAGGCCAGUGGGGCGUCCGCGCAUUCCGCCCAGAGUGGCCGUGUGCAGCAGGGGAGACGGUCUUCUGUUUCCUCCAGCUGCUUGUUGCCACGUGGCACUCUCAGCUCGGCUGUCAUCCUGGUGUGUGAGGUUUGCUGUGACCAGACAGAAUAAACAGGCACCACCAUA